AGCUUCACAAUGUUUCCACUGGCCAAUAAUCUGCUAAGUCAUCUCCCAGUUCAAAGCAUUCAGCAAAUAACGGCAAGGCAGAUCCACCAGAAACAGACACCUGACUUCCAUGACAAAUAUGGUAAUGCUGUCUUAGCUGGUAGAGCCACUUUCUGUGUUGCACAUACAGCAACACAGAUUGGAAUAGAAUGGAACCUGUCCCCCGUUGGCAGAGUCACCCCAAAGGAAUGGAAAGAUGAGAAAUCAUCCCAGCUGGUAUAA